GAAAGACGAAAACAGAAACAUGCGAGGAGAUGGGAUCUUGGGGAGAGACGCAGAGGGAAGUAAAGCAGAAGUGACCAGAAAACGAAAAUGGCUGAAGAGGCGAGAGAGAUGGCUUGUAAUUCUUGGUGUGUUCCUUCACGCAGUGUACAUGCUAGGCAUCUUCGACAUCUAUUUCAAGACCCCUAUCGUCCACGGAAUGGAUCUCGUCACUCCUCGUUUCUCUGCCCCAGCCAAGCGCCUUGUUCUUCUAGUUGCGGAUGGGUUGCGUGCCGACAAAUUUUUUGAGCCGGACUCAAAAGGAGAUUUUAGAGCACCGUUUCUGAGAAGUGUAAUUAAAAGGAAAGGUAAAUGGGGAGUAUCUCAUGCUCGGCCUCCCACGGAAUCAAGGCCUGGACAUGUUGCAAUAAUAGCUGGUUUCUAUGAGGAUCCUAGUGCAGUUACUAAAGGUUGGAAAGCUAACCCUGUUGAAUUUGAUUCAGUUUUUAACCGAAGCCGGCAUACAUUUGCUUUUGGUAGCCCAGACAUAAUUCCAAUAUUUUGUGCUUCCUUGCCACAUAGCACCUGGAAUACCUAUCCGCAUGAGUUUGAAGACUUCGCAACUGAUGCCUCUUUUCUGGAUGAGUGGUCUUUCAAUCAAUUUCAGAACCUUCUGAAUAGGUCAUAUGAUGACUCAAAGUUGAAGGAGAUGCUUCACCAGGAUAAUCUUGUCAUAUUUCUCCAUCUACUUGGCUGUGAUUCAAAUGGUCAUGCACAUCGGCCCUAUUCAUCAAUAUACCUCAAUAAUGUGAAGGUUGUUGACCACAUUGCUGAGCGUGUUUUUACCCUCCUUGAAGAUUAUUUCAAGGACAAUCGUACAGCAUACAUAUUUACAGCUGAUCAUGGAAUGAGUGAUAAAGGUAGCCAUGGAGACGGGCAUCCUUCAAACACUGAUACUCCCCUUGUUGUUUGGGGAGCAGGAGUUAAAUCUCCUGAACAAAUCUCUAGUAAUGACCAUUCCGAUCACACUGUACGUUUUAUUGAUGAACAUGCCCAUGACAUGCCAACACCUAUAGAAUGGGGCCUAAAUGGUAUCGAGAGACUGGAUGUCAAUCAAGCUGAUAUUGCUCCUCUCAUGUCCACACUUCUUGGUUUGCCAUGUCCUGUUAAUUCAGUUGGGAAUCUACCUCUUGGUUAUAUUAACAUGAAUAAGUCGGAAGAAGUUGAAGCUGUGCUAGCCAAUGCAAAGGAAGUUCUCAACCAAUUUCUUCGCAAAUCACAAAUAAAGCAGUCACAUUCGUUAUCUUUUAAGCCCUUCAAAGCACUGGCUCGUUAUUCUUCUGUAUUGGAUCAAAUUGAGGCUCUGAUAUCUGUUGGAAACUAUGAAGGAGCUAUGAAGCUAUCUGAGAAUCUCAGAAGCCUGGCAUUGCAAGGACUUCACUAUUUUCAAACAUAUGAUUGGCUGACGCUGAUGUCUGUUAUUACUCUUGGGUAUAUUGGUUGGAUGGUUUAUCUUAUUUUUCACGUGCUGCAGUCUUAUACUUCAGUGCCGGGAUAUAUAUUUAAGGAGCAAGCAGGCCGCCAUGGAAAUAAUUCCAGAAAAGUAUACUCAUGUGGAUGUUUGCUGAUGGGAGUAAUUUGUGUUCUAUUGAUUCUGGAGCACUCUCCUCCCCUUUACCAUGCAUACUUUGCAAUGACAGUAUUUCUUUGGACACAGAUAAUUAAUGAGUAUCAUUUCAUAAAAGCAUUGUGGACAUGCCUCUGUGGGAGACCAUUCACUCGUAUUCUUAAACUUUUAGCCACUUUCGCUCUGUCAAUUUUCAUUCUUGAAUUCCUGGUAAAUAGCUUCACAGAGAGGAAGCUCUACACUUGGUGUUUCGCAAUUGUCGGAAUUGUUGCAUUUUUUUAUCUGUCUAACUUAAUUCCAGGGAGAUCCGGGAUACCAAUUUUUGUUUGCUUUGCUUGUUGGUUUUUGUCUGUCUUCACUUUGAUGCCAGCAGAGAUUCCUGAUAAUAAUCAAUUAGUAAUUGGAAGUGGAGCUAUUAUCAUCAUAACUGGAGCAGUUGCAAGGUGGUUGGAUAUGCAUUCUCUAGGGAAUAAGUAUUGGCUUAGUAUUUGUUGUCCUGAAAUGAAGAGACCCAGGUUUCCCAUGCUCUUUCACUUGCAGGCACUUUUGGUGGGGUUGGCAUCGAUGAUGGUGUCUUUAUCAACAUCUCACAGGGCAGAGAAGCAAGAACUGCUUGCAUCCCACCAGUUAAUAAAUUGGUCCAUUGCUGGUUUUUCGAUGGUCCUCCCCUUGUUUUCAGACAACAGUCUUUUGUCCCGGCUCACUUCCAUAUUCCUUGGGUUUGCACCCACAUUCCUUCUUCUCUCUAUUGGGUAUGAAGCUGUUUUCUAUGGAGCUCUUGGAAUUGUACUUGUCGCAUGGAUACUAUUUGAAAACACCCUUUUACAUUUAAAUCCGGUGAAACCAUUGUCUUCAUCAAUGCAAAACAUGGAGGAGCACUUGUUGGCUGAAAAUGAUGUCAGAUACUUGCAGCUAUCUGAUUUAAGGAUCUCAUUAACUUUUAUGGUCUUGUUUAAUGUUGCUUUCUUCGGAACGGGUAAUUUUGCUAGCAUUGCAAGUUUUGAGAUUUCAUCAGUCUAUCGAUUCAUCACUGUCUUCAGUCCAUUUCUGAUGGCAGCUCUACUAAUAUUCAAGCUAUUUAUCCCAUUCAUGCUUGUCAUAUGUGCGUUCAGUGCAAUAACUAAACUUCUUCGUAUUCCACGGUUGGGAUGCUAUUUUCUCGUCGUAGUGUUUUCUGAUAUAAUGACUAUCCACUUCUUUUUCCUGGUCAAAAACACUGGAAGCUGGAUGGAAAUUGGCAACAGCAUCAGUCAUUUUGGAAUUAUGAGCGCCCAAGUGGUGUUUGUGUUGUUUCUUUUUGCACUCACAAAUAUAUACACAAAAGACAUCCAAACUAGAUUGGCCAAACCAUUAUCUCAGAAAACUAUGUAAGUUACUCAAAAUUGGGAUUCGAAGUGUCAACUAGCUGCCAGAUGUCUCCUGAAGGUGAGAUUAGAUGUUCUUACUUCUGCCUUUUGAUUUUAUACUACGUCUAUCAAUUCUUUUAAUUGAUUGUCCUUGCUUCUUCUCCAUCAUGUAAUCAUUGAGAGGAGGAAGUUAGUGCUUUUCUUCCGAAUUACAUUGACCCACGGAAGCAGAAUUUUGACACAAUACUUUUAAUUGUUGUCCUACGAGAUUGAGUUUCAGCA